CGCUGCUACGACUCGCUUCGCGCAUGCGCGGGGGUGGUUGUUUUUCACAAAGCUGUUCUUAAAGUGAGCUGGCAGCGUGCGGGCCAGCUGCCUUUGUACGUAUAUCGUAGUGUUGGGCGGCUGUCGUUGUCUUCUCAGCAAUUCCGAUGAAGCGUUCGUAGGGGACACGCUGAUCUUGUUGGCAGGCUCUACGCAGCAGAGGCGUUGUUCAGUGUAAAGUGAAGGUCGCGUUUUGUAUGAGACCUUGACUUUUUUUUGUUUUCCUUGCAGUAUAUUUUUAUACACUUCGUUAAAAAUCAUGGUGCUGGGGAAGGUGAAGAGUUUGACAAUAAGCUUUGACUGUCUCAGUAACAGCAAUAUCCCCGUGUAUUCUAGCGGGGACACAGUCUCAGGAAGGAUCAGUUUAGAAGUUACUGGGGAAAUUAGAGUGAAAGCUCUUAAAAUUCAUGCAAGAGGACAUGCAAAAGUACGUUGGAGCGAAUCUAGAAAUGCUGGAUCCAACACUGCCUAUACACAAAAUUACACUGAAGAAGUAGAGUAUUUUAACUAUAAGGACGUUCUAGUCGGGCAUGCAAGAGAUGAUGACAAUUCCGAAGAAGGACUUCACAUCAUUCAUUCAGGAAGGCAUGAAUAUGCAUUCAGCUUUGAGCUUCCACAGAU